UGAGGUAGUAAGCUCUGAUGGGGUUAAUGGAUUUGAGGCAGGGGGUAGUUGCUGUCCCCCUGGCUGGGUGGCAGUGGGUUGGGGUUGGUACGGAAGUAAGUAAGGAGAGGCGCUGAGCUUGGCUGGAUUAUUAAUGCUGGGGCCGAUAGGGAGAGACAAACACAACAGAGUAGAACGUGGAGGAUACUUUCGUUUCGUCUCCUGAAAUGUGAAAAGAAAAUAGAACUCCGCGAGGACGAGUUACACGCCACGGGGAACCCUGGACACGAGUGGGGGCAAUCGGGACCAGCAUCGGCUCAUUGUGUUGGAUACAAAGAGAAGAAGAAGAAAAAACGCCGGGGAAACACAAACAAGGAAGGAGGAAAGGACUAAAACCAAAUCAACCAAAAGCUGUUCUAUAGGAGAUCUCGAUUCCUACCCCUCUCCUGGGGUAAUCUUUUUAUUUGGGACCUGCAUGGAGAGGGGAGAGAGGCGGAUUCCUUUCGUGUGAUCCCAACCUCCCACCCACCUCUAUCUUCUCUGCCAGUGGAGAGGGGGGACAUUGUCUUGGAUAUAGUGUCAUUUCUCCACUGCCUUCUGGAUUUGGAGAAGAGCCCAUGCUUCUGGAUUACAUAGAGACUGUAGUUGACAGUUCUAAACUCCUACACAAAUAAGCACGCUUUAAACGCUGCCUAUUGGGUAACUGGCACUAUUGGGUAUUCACACUUUUUUUAUGCCCUCUGGAUUUCUUGCCGGAUCUGAGGAGCUGUCAGUGGCUCCAGAAGACUUUCCUGCACUUUGAGUCAUAAUUCGAGAUGGGAAAGAGUUGAUCCUUAUUUUAUUGGCUGCUUUUCACAAAGUGUAUUUUGGAUUUAUUGUGCCCCCCCCCCUUAUCCUGGGAUUACAAGGGAGAAGAAGCCGUGGGACCUGGGCAGCUGCUCUGUCACACACACUGUAUACAUAUAUACACAUCGUUAGAUCGGGGUGUACGCCCUCCUCACUUUGGGGGUGAUGCCAGUCGCCUCCGGAUCAGUGCAGCCCUCCCCUCCGGACUCCAGCCUCUUUUCCCGGCUUCGCCCGGUCCAAGCAGACAGGCUACGGGACCCCAAGCAGCAGCAGCAGCAGCUGCCGGUGGGAGGUGGUGAGGGCGGGGGUGCUGGAGGAGGAGGAAGGCUCUUGUCGUUCCCGGUUUGCCAGGCUGAAGCAGGGGCCGAGGCUGCAGCGGCCACCGGCGGGGAAGCUGUGCUCAGCACUGGAUUGCUUGCUCUUGGUGCUGCCUCUUCCUCCUCCCCCCAGCACCCUCCUCUCUUGCAGGUUACCCCAUCUUUCUCUUCCCCUUCCUUCUUCCAGUCCUUCUCCUCUGCUUCCUCUCCUUCAUCGUCCCCUCCACAUCAUAUCACCCCGUCCUUCCUAUUCCCUGCUCUCCUGGAGCCCCCAAGGACUAGAUCCAGAUCUAGGUCUGGAUUCAUAAUGAACCAUCAUCAUCAUCAUCAUCAUCAGCCACAGCAGCUGCAUGGAAUGCCCGGGGCAGCUCACUUCCACCACCAGCUUCAUAGCCCACCACCACCUCCUCCUUCUCUUAUGUCUUCUGCCCUGCGUGGGCCAGGAAUGGACAGAAAUGAUAGCAGCCCUCCUGAGGGUGCCAGGCAACCCCACAGCCCACCAACAGUUGGGGUUAGGAGAAGAGGGAGCAGUCCUACCACCAAUCAUCAUCACCACCACCAUCACCAACUACGAUCUCCUGCAGGUCAUCUGGGUCCCUCAUUUCAGUGCCAGUCAGUACAUCAAGAUCACAUAUACAACGAUGACGAAAAGAACGAAGAUAGUCCCAGUCCUAAGAGACAAAGACUAUCUAAUUCAGUCUUUGAUUACACAGCGGCGUCGCCUGCCCCAUCACCUCCAAUGCGACCAUGGGAGAUGACUUCAAAUAGGCGGCCUCCGUCGGCUCGGCCCAACCAACACCACUUCUCAGGAGAACGUUGCAACACUCCUGCCCGCAACAGAAGAAGUCCUCCUGUAAGACGUCAAAGGGGCAGGCGGGAUAGGUUGACGCGCCACAAUUCCAUAAGCCAAGAUGAAAACUACCACCAUCUCUCGUAUGGCCAGCAACAGGCAGUAGAGGAACCCAGAGCCUUCCACCCACCGAAUGUAUCCCCUCGCAUGCUACACCCGGCAGCACAUCCUCCACAACAAAACGCUGUAAUGGUUGACAUUCACGAACAGAUCCAUCAGGGCACAGUGCCAGUUUCUUACACGGUUACCACAGUAGCACCACAUGGGAUCCCGCUUUGUACCGGCCAGCACAUCCCUGCAUGUAGCACACAACAGGUUCCUGGCUGUUCUGUGGUCUUCAGUGGACAGCACUUACCAGUCUGCAGCGUUCCUCCCCCUAUGCUGCAAGCUUGCUCAGUUCAACAUUUACCUGUACCCUAUGCUGCUUUCCCUCCACUCAUUUCCAGUGAUCCAUUCCUUUUACAUCCACCUCACCUUUCUCCACAUCAUCACGCUCACUUGCCUCCACCAGGCCAGUUUGUUCCCUUCCAGGCUCAACAGUCUCGUUCGCCUCUGCAGAGGAUAGAGAAUGAAGUGGAGCUGUUGGGGGAGCAUCUACCUGUGGGUGGCUUUACGUACCCUCCACCUGCACAUGCUCCAACACUGCAGCCCUCAGCUCCGUUACAGUUCAUAACACAUGAUCCUUUGCAUCAGGAGGUUUCGUUUGGUGUACCAUAUCCCCCGUUUAUGCCUCGAAGAGUAACCGGUCGCAAUCGAUAUCGCUCACAGCAUCCGAUUCCACCACCACCCUAUCACCCGAGCCUUUUACCUUAUGUUCUAUCAAUGCUUCCAGUCCCUCCAACAGUAGGACCAGCCUUCAGCUUUGAGUUGGAUGUAGAAGAUGGGGAGGUGGAAAACUAUGAGGCAUUGCUGAACCUUGCUGAAAGACUGGGUGAAGCCAAACCAAGGGGACUGACAAAAGCAGACAUUGAACAACUUCCUUCAUACAGGUUUAACCCAAACAAUCAUCAGUCAGAACAAACAUUAUGUGUAGUAUGCAUGUGUGAUUUUGAGUCAAGGCAACUGCUUCGAGUCUUACCAUGCAACCAUGAAUUCCAUGCCAAGUGUGUCGACAAAUGGCUUAAGGCAAACCGCACAUGCCCUAUUUGUCGAGCUGAUGCUUCAGAAGUGCAUCGUGAUUCAGAAUGACCAACCUCAGAGCACAAAUCUAGUUUGGGUGUUCCUAGUCACGUGUAUGUGUGUUGCUAUAUUCGCACAUACCAACUUUCCAUUGAACUUAACCGUGUGGCUUCCAGCCUACUCUACACAAAAGGGUCCGCGGACCUCUUUUUUGCACUGUGUGAUUUAAUCAAUUCUAAAGCUUCUAAUUAGUCUUCACAAUUAUAGGAUUGUUAUACUAACAGUGUGAUUGGGACUCCAAAGAUUAUUUUUUUAUAUUCCUUAGCUUAUUUUGUGUGUGCACUAACAUUCCCUGGUUUUUGUGUGAUCAUUCCGAGUGUUUUGCUGCAAGAUUACAGUGGACGUGAUCUUUUAGCAUGUGCUUUUAUAUUUAAACGUUUGGGGGGGAGAAACGAAAAAAAAAAUGAAA